GGCUGGAGGUUCAGUGAACGUUGAUACUCGUACCAUGAAUCGUUUGUUGCUGUGUGUUGUGGCGGUGAUCGCCUUGGGAGCUGGCUGCAGCCAGGCCCGUCCCGACAUUGACUUCCCCUUCGGACGGAUUGUCAAUGGCGAGGCCACCUCUAUUGAGACGCAUCCGUGGCAGGUGUCCAUUCAGACCUCCGCCAAGGGCUCCCACUUCUGCGGCGGCAGUCUGAUCAACCAGGACACCGUUGUCACCGCCGCCCAUUGCAUGCAGUCGUACGCCGCCUCCGAGAUGCAGGUCCGUCUGGGCUCCACCUCUCGCAGCAGCGGCGGUGAGGUCGUCAGCGUCAAGGCCUUCAAGUACCACGAGGGCUACAACAGCAAGCUGAUGGUCAACGAUGUGGCUGUCAUCAAGCUCUCCUCCCCCGUGCGUGAGACCGCCAAGGUGCGCUUCGUGCCCCUGGCUGGCACAACGCCCAGCUCUGGCACUCCUGCCACGGUCACUGGCUGGGGCACCACUUGCUUCCUCGUCUGCUCCUCGCCCGACAACCUGAUGGCCGUCGGCGUUGACAUUCUGCAGAAGCAGGACUGCGCUUCCGAUAGCUACAGCUACGGCGAGUCGAUCCUCGACACGAUGGUGUGCGCCGCUGGCGAGAAGAAGGAUGCCUGCCAGGGCGAUUCCGGUGGCCCACUGGUCGCCAACGGAGAGCUCGUCGGUGUCGUCUCUUGGGGCAAUGGCUGUGCCUGGACCGGCUAUCCCGGCGUCUAUGCUGAUGUCGCCCCUCUGAAGGACUGGAUCGAGAAGACCGCCGCUGAAUUGUAAAUCGAUUGAGUAAAAGAUUUUUAAACGAUUUUUUUAUGAA